UCUCUCUCUCUCUCUCUCUCUCUCUCAUACUGAGGGUCCAAACCAGAGCCUCUCCUAUGCUAGGAAAGCGCUCUACCACUGAGCUAUAUCCCCAAACUUGUCCGCUUUUAAUUUUGAGUCAGGGUCUUGCUAAUUUGAGUGUGCUGGCCUGGAAUCAUCCUAGCUCAAACUCUGGAGUAUCAGGGAUUACAGGCAUAUGCCUCCAUACCCAGAAGAACCUUCCCUUUGAGAUCUGGAUAGGUCGUCUGACUUGUCCUCAAGGGGUCAGGUAGUGGUGGUGAGUGAAAGACCAGAGAGAAUGGCCCUAUUUCGGGAAUUGUAGGAAACUGGCCUAGCUCUAUGGGAUCUGAUGGUGUCACAUCCAUUUCACUGGGGAUCUAAGAGGUUCAGAUGGUGCUACCCUUGAGGGUGGUGGAAGAGAAAGGGGGGGGGGUCACCAGGUCUGUUCUCCCUAUUCUCUGGAGAACACACAAUCCUGUCCGAAGGAGAAUGGGAAGAGACCAGUUUUGCAUCCCGAAGUGGCAGUGGAAAAGGACACACUGCCUUAAGUUUGAGGCAGGCUAUGGCUCGGUGCUCAAAAGGCGGAGAGUUAUGAUUUACAAGGCGCCUGGUCCUUUGGUAUCUGGGUAAAACACAGGACUACUCGCACAGGUCUCUAGUAAAUGCAUGGUCUUGCCAUUGUCCAUCAAGGAGUAUUUGGUUUUACUCUUUAGUAUUAGGGACACAGUACAGAUCUAGGGAGCCUUGAUUGGUUUCAUUAAUUCAACAAGUAUUUAUUUAUCACUUACUAUGUGUCAAAUACAUUGCAGGCGCUCUAACAUAGGGUUCUCUCUACCUUGGUGUGGAUGUUCUAGAGGGGAGGAUGGAUACUAAUUAGAUAUUCCAAGCCAUGUAAAAUUGGUAUCAGAAUUGUGAGAUGUUCUCUCUCUAGCUAUAGAGCUUGUCACACUUUCGUAUAUUUGAAAAUCCGUUCCCAGCACCGGCCAAGAAUCUUAAAUUGCCUAGUUCUGGAAAGACUUCCCGGGAGAGUCCGACCCCUUCGGAGUAGGAUUGGGAGCAUCAGAAGUAUUUAGGUCCUUGGGAUUGGAUGCUGGGGAACAGAGCAGACUAGGACCUGGGAACUGGAAUUAGAGCCCCGACCUCCUCCAACCAAAGCAAGAGGCGGGCUCCAGGUGUUCAGCCUUCUGUCUGGCGGCGGGCAGCGAGCGGGCCGUUGGAGGAAGGGGCUCCUGUUCGAGGGCCCGGUUAUUUCAAGAAAUUUACAAAGCUCUAGAGUCCCGCCUCGGAUUUGGAUACUAAAGUCUAGCAAAGGGGGUAAGUUUCCAGGCAGCAUUUCUGGGCGUGGCUUCAGAAAGAACCGUACCCUGAUUGGCCAAGUAGGCGGGACUUUGAAUGGUUGUGCCUCUGGGUCCGGCUUGGGAGGGCCGGGAGAGAGGGGCGGUUCCGCGCUUGCGCGAGUGACUUUUUAUUUCCGUUGGUCGGUCGUGAGUCCCAAAGCUGGUCUGCUUAUCCCAGCGGCGUGAUGUGGAGGUUACAGGUUGUUCUGGGUCAUCUCACUGGCCGGCGCGAGUCCGGCCCGGCGCUGCAGGCCGCGCCGUGCUUCAGUAGCUUCCCGCAAGCCUCGGCCGCGGACGUGGUGGUGGUGCACGGACGGCGCACUGCGAUCGGCAAAGCGGGGCGCGGGGGCUUCAAGGACACCACCCCCGACGAGCUUCUGUCAGCGGUCUUGACCGCAGUUCUACAGGAUGUAAAGCUGAGGCCUGAGCAGCUGGGGGACAUCUCCGUGGGCAAUGUUCUUCAGCCUGGGGCUGGGGCUAUCAUGGCCCGGAUCGCCCAGUUUCUGAGUGGCAUUCCAGAGACUGUGCCUCUGUCUGCUGUCAAUAGACAGUGCUCAUCAGGGUUGCAGGCAUUGGCCAACAUAGCUGGUGGCAUUAGAAAUGGGUCAUAUGACAUUGGCAUGGCCUGUGGAGUGGAGUCCAUGUCCCUGGCUAACAGAGGAAACCCUGGAAAUAUCACUUCACGCUUGCUGGAGAAUGAGAAGGCCAGAGACUGCUUGAUCCCCAUGGGGAUAACCUCAGAGAACGUGGCUGAGAAGUUUGGCAUUUCACGAGAGAAGCAGGAUACCUUUGCGCUGGCCUCCCAGCAGAAGGCAGCAAGAGCCCAGAGCAGGGGCUGUUUCCGCGCUGAGAUUGUGCCUGUGACCACCACCAUCCACGAUGGCAAGGGCACCAAGAGGAGCAUCACUGUGUCCCAGGAUGAGGGAAUCCGCCCCAACACCACCAUGGAGGGCCUGGCCAAACUGAAGCCUGCUUUCAAAGAUGGCGGGUCUACCACGGCUGGAAAUUCUAGCCAGGUGAGCGAUGGGGCAGCUGCAGUCCUGCUGGCCCGGAGGUCCAAGGCAGAAGAGUUGGGCCUUCCCAUCCUCGGGGUCCUGAGGUCCUAUGCAGUGGUUGGAGUCCCACCUGAUGUCAUGGGCAUUGGACCUGCAUAUGCCAUCCCUGUAGCCUUGGAGAAAGCAGGACUGACAGUGAAUGACGUGGACAUCUUUGAGAUCAAUGAGGCCUUUGCAAGCCAGGCUGUCUACUGUGUGGAGAAGCUAGGAAUCCCCCCUGAGAAGGUGAACCCUCUGGGAGAAGCCGUGGCCCUGGGCCACCCCCUGUGCUGCACUGGGGCACGACAGGUCAUCACGCUGCUGAAUGAGCUGAAGCGCCGUGGGAAGAGGGCAUAUGGAGUGGUGUCCAUGUGCGUUGGCACUGGGAUGGGAGCUGCUGCUGUCUUCGAAUACCCUGGGAACUGAGUCCUUGGCUCAAGGUACUACCCAGAAGGCCCUGCUCUGGCAGCCAGAAAAUGACUCUGAGGAAGCGAAUCCACGUGGGACAUUCAGCACUGGUGGUGGUGAUGGGGACAAAUCAAGGCACUUUAACUAAUUUGGAAACUGUGAACACUGAUGACACACUACAUGAGUGGGCGGGAUGUCGGGCCUUACCACCAGGCCCCCUCUAGCUGGGCCAGUGUGGGUCACCUAGCCCACAAAGCCCCCAUGUAAUUCCGAGGGAACUGUGGCCCUAUGAAUGAGGGUAAAAUGGACAUAAUAAACAUGUGUUCUCAUCUUGG